CUUUCGAGCGCCCGCCCUGCAUCUGUCCCUGAUACCCUCGCCUCCUGCCAUCUCUCCUGUCUGCACCGCUGGCAGUCUCUUGGAACUUCUUCACACGCCCUUCGCCACAGCACUCGACUCGCGCCUCGCUGCUUCUGCGCUCUCUCGCCCGCGCCCCACCCUUCGACUCAGCAUGUCGUACAACGGCAUCGGCCUGGCCACCACGCGCGGCACCGCCUCCAACGGCUAUGUGCAGCGCAACCUCUCGACACUGCGGCCCGAGCGCGAGCGCUUCCAGCGCCGCGACGCGCCCGACUUUCGCGAUGCCGACGAGGGCGCGGCGCGCAAGCCCGACGCCGGCAUCCUGGAGCACGAGCGCAAGCGCAAGGUCGAGGUGCGCUGCCUUGAGCUGCGUGUAGAGCUGGAGGACAAGGAUGUGGAUGAGGAGGAGAUCGAGACGCAAGUCGCAGCUCUGCGCGCUUCGCUGCUGCGCAACCUCUCUGCGGCGCCCACGCACGCCGAGGCACGAGCGCUGCGUCCUUCCGACACACAUGCGCUGCAGGCAGCCAAGGAGAUCGAGUCGUCCAAGAUGCAGCGUGCACUUGGCGUCUCUGCUUCCUACCGGCCAGGCGAGGCAUUCGACCGCGAGCUGCAAGAACAGCGUCGUCUGGAGCGCAUGGACGAGCGUAAGCGGCGCGACGAGGCGCGCGAGCAGGCGCAGCGAGAGCGCGAGGAGCAGAUGCGCAGCGCUCGGCGUCGCCAGGAGCAGGAGCGUGCAGACUUCGAACGCGAGCUGGCCAACAAGCGGCCCGACGCACGCAGCAGUCGUCCGGCAAGACGCUCCUCUCGCGAGCCGAGCCGCAGCCGCUCUCGCAGUCCGGCGCCGCGUGCUGCGCGCAGUCCGGACGACCGCCCCUCGCGGCGCCGCUACGACGACGAUGCACGGCGCAGCGUCACUCCGCCCGCUGCACGGCGACGUCGGUACGACGACUCGCCUCUGAAGCGCUCAGUGUCGCCAGACGCGAGGAACCGUCGUCGCGAGGCGAGCUACACGCCGCCGCCGCCAUCGCGCCGUCGUCUCGACUCGCGCUCCCCGCCCCCGCGUCGUCGCGUCGACUCGCGUUCUCCUCCGCCUCGCCGCGCCCGCGAGAGCGUUAGCCGCUCGCGGUCUCGCUCGCCGCCGCGUGCCAAGGAGGCUUCGAGGCCCGCACCGCCUGGCCCUCCGCCUGGUCCGCCACCGGCACCGGGACCGCCGCCGCCGCGCCCGCCGGGACUGUAGUAGCUCUACGGAUGCCGAUCCUCACGUGCAGAAUGAUGACCAGACGCAACGAGCCCGCAUGCGCUACCCCCAGACGACUUGUGCAACGCAACGCGCGAUCGUGACUAUCAGCGCAGAAACUUGUGUGGUGGCCAGAAGUGAGAAUGUUCGU